CUCAAACUCCCCCUUUCCUCCGGAAACCUACUUCCAUCUUUACACCUUUAAGCCUCAGAAUUUGUCACUUCUUUCUUUGUUUCCCUGUAAGCUAAAGUUCCUUAAUCAAAGUCAGUGCCUUUGUCUCUUUCAGGACUCCCCUUUCACUGCUGCUGAGUCUGAACUCUAGUGACAAAAGAGGAUGGAUUCAGAAAAUGGUGUGACAGUGGAAGAAGAGAGCAUUGCCAUGGAAAAAUGUUAUGCAGAAAAAUCCCUUCAGGAAACGAAGAAAGAGGAAGAGAAUGCUGAUAAUGGUGAGGAGGUUUUGAAAUUGAAUGAAACCUACAAGCAAGUUGAAAAUUGUGAAAGUCUUGAUCCAUCUGGUGUGGCACGCAAAUCUGUGGUAAAUGUAUCAGAAAGUAAAAUCUCAAAACCCUUGAAGAGCAAUGGCAAAUCAAAGAAUGGCAAAAUUUCAAAGGACAAAUCUAAUCUGAGAGGCAUGGUUCCAGCUUCUCAUAAGCAAAGGCCAACACUGUUCCAGAGUCUUUCGUUUCAAGCAAGAAGAGCUAAGGCUGAUGGUAUGAGGAAGAGCAUGGAUGGAUACCCUGGGAAAACUGAUGUUAAAGAUCCCCAACCAAAAGGCACAAAAGAGCAGGCUGCCUCUUCCAGUGAAUCCAAUAGUUUGUUGUCCUGUUUAAGUGAGGCCAACAGAAGUGCAUCCCUUGCUCUGGACUCAAAGUCGGCAGAUGGAAAUGGUAGUGGGGUUUCUGGCAGGAGGUCUACUAUAGGAUCUUUACCUAGCUUUCGCCAGACUGUGGCUGCAAAAUCUGGUUCUGCAAAUGUAGCUGCUAAGUCUGAUUCAUCCAAAGUUUCUCAAUCGACAGAACAAAACUCAAAGCCCAUAAUAACUGCAUCACCAAGCAAAGAUGAUGAUGAUGAUGCUCAUUCUACUACUUCAAGUGCCACUCUUAGUGGAAGAAGAAGCAGUGGAUCAGGAUUCACCUUCAGGUUGGAGGAACGUGCUGAAAGGAGAAAGGAGUUUUUUUCGAAGCUAGAAGAGAAGAUACAUGCUAAGGAAAUAGAAAAAAGUAACUUGCAGGCAAAAUCAAAGGAGAACCAGGAGGCAGAAAUCAAGCAAUUGAGAAAGACCUUGACAUUUAAAGCUACACCGAUGCCUAGUUUCUACAAAGAACCUCCCCCCAAAGUUGAACUUAAGAAGAUACCAACCACACGCCCAAGAUCUCCAAAGCUUGGAAGGCACAAGAGCUCCAAUGCUGCAUCAAGCAAUCCUUUAGAAGGUGAUUCUUCUUGUUCUAGUCCACAUCUGAGCCGAGAACAGAAUAAUUCAACUAAAGGGACAGAUAGUAAAGGCGUCAUUGCUUCCAAAAAGCCAGUAAAAAAGGCUCAACCUAAACCUCAAUCCAAGGAGGUUACUAAAGAUGAAGAAAAUCCCAAAAAAUCAAAACCAAAGAAGAAAGCUGUUGGAGAAUGCUUGCAAGAUGGUUCCAUGGGGAAACCUGAAGAAAAUCCUGUGAAUAUUCUCAGGUGUGAGGAUGCAAUAUGUCCUGCUCCUGAUAGGAAUCCUGCUCAAAAUGAUGAACCUAUUUCAAGUUUGCAGAGCCCUGAGAUUAUGACUCAUGAAGUCGCUGUUGGAAUGUGAAGAUUAUUGGAGUCUGUUUUAAGUUAAAAUGUUUCAUGCUGCUGUGAAUAUUAUUGUUGUGAAGUUGAUUUUGACAUUCUUUUUGAAGGUUACUAUACAUAAUAUUGUAAGUUACAUACAUGUCUACAGGUUAAUGUAAUCAUGUUUCCUUCAUUACUUUAUAUGCAAGUGUUUGGCAGAACUGAUUCAUC